AUGCCGGGCAUGAUCAUGGAUAAGGGUAGUGCUGUCAAACCAAGAUUGAACGAAAACGCGCAUGAAGCCAGCAACGGUGUAGCCAGCUCAACCAACCAUGGCGAAAAGAUUAGGAACAUUCGUGGGCCAAAUAAUGGCUCUAUCCGUGCUGAUGAGAAAGUUGGUGAAAAUGGGGCAGUCCACCGUUUUCGAGACCAGUCUACGCUUUCGUUGCCUAGACCCGAGUUAGAGCAUAUCACGCAUGGCUUCUUUCCGUUCGCACAACUGGUUAGCCGAUCGGCCCAGAAGUGUUGGAAUGAUCUAUCAGAUCUUAUUACCGAACUUGCGGAUAUGCAGGUGACAACUCAAGACCAAGCUUCAUCAUCCCCUACCGUUGGUGGAAAAUUGACAGGAGCUCAGUCGCCAGGAAACGUGGAGAAGAAGCUCCAAUUACUGAAUUUUGCACAUCGAAAACGAGGCGAGUUUAUCAAGCUUCUUGUGCUUUCCCAGUGGAGUCGACAAUCCAGCGACGUCAGUAAAUUAAUCGAUCUCCAAGGCUUCAUUCGCACACGGCAUAUGACUUAUAAUGCUGCUAUACAAUGCGUCGGAGACAUGAAAAUAGAUUUAGUCAGAGCACAAGUUGCAAAUCCUGAUUUGAAUACGGCCUUGGAGAUUCUGUUCAGAGGGGGGAUAUCCUCCAUGCCUGAUCUCGGUUACGACCUUCCGAAACCAUUGACUGCAAAGAAAACCCUAAAGAAGUUGCAAAAGAUCAACAGGCUUAUCAGUGCAAGACUGGCUCUACACAGCAUCAUUCCUCAAUGUUUCCAGACGUACCGAAUCCAUGAUGGUCGCGUGACUUUUUUUGUGCCUGGGGAGUUCGAGCUUGACCUUUCCAUUGGCGAAGAAAGCGCUACCUCACAAUUCUUCUUUGUUGAUAUUCGAUUCAACUUUUCUCCCUCAUCGCCUAUUCCGAAGGGUCGCCUUCUGAAUGAGCUUGACAUUAAGAUCAAUGAAAUUCUUCGAGAUGGAAACUUGACGGGAUGUUUCAAUUACUUACACGGGCUGGUGUUGACAAAUAAAGUCAAUGUCCUGUUCAAACAAGCCGCAGAAUUAUCACGAGGGGCGUGGUCAGAGUCUCUGCGCGUGGAGCUACUACACAGAACGCUGGUUCUACACUAUUGGGCACUACGGCCUGGUGCCAAAAGCUGGAUCGAAGUUGGAAUUAAACGCGGUCGGUCGGAAAAUCACAUUGAUACUAAUCUCCCCCCAGGCACGCCUUACAUCGGUCUACGUUGGAUGCGAGAUGGCAAGAUAGUCGACAGCAAAAAUGUUCGAUUUAAUAUGGAAAACCUAUCAAUGGAGGAUAUACUACGAAGCGUCAUUGCCUUGCAUAUUUCACACAUUUUACAUACUGCAUACUCAAAACUGAUUGCCACUUCUCUAUUUGCUUCCCGCGCUUUGUCUCUCCGUGGUCAAUUGUCUGGAAUCGAGCCGGGAGACUGUCGCCUGGACGUCCAGCUGACCGUUUCCAAGCAUCUUCGAGUUUCGAUUGAACCGGCAUCAGGUGCGAUCAUUCUUUCGGCCAUACCUACCACGUUAGACCGUUUUGAGACAGUCCGCAAUCCGGAAAGGUCGGCGUCUGAUGCGAUUUUUUCUCGAGUAUCCCGUAUCCGUUGUAUUGCUGCAAUGGAAGAAGUCGAAUGUGAUGUGAAGAUGCUCGGUCUGGAAGUCAUCGGCCCAAAGGGAUUGAGGCUCGAUAUCCGACGCAUAUUCUUUCCGCCAGUUUUGAGAGUCUCGUUUUUUUCUCACCGAUCAUGGGGGCGUGAUUGGAUUGCAGCGGCUACAAGUAGCAUGGAUGGAGAUCACUGGUGGGUUGUACAACUUCAAUCCGCCGUGGCCAUUAGCAGUCGACCAGCCUCAGACACAGAUGCCCAAGGCUCUUCUAUUCUUCCAGCUGCUCAGAUGAUUAGCAAGGCCCCUAUCGCCACCCAGCAAGGGCCGGGUGCUACUUCAUUCGCGGAUCUUGGGUUGUGUCUCUCCGGGAUGAUUGCCGUGCAUGCGAAUGUUCGGUUUUUGGCAGAAAUGGAGAUUCCAUUUUCUCCACCAUUGUCAAAGUUGCAGGUCGGACCUCAUCUUGAAAUCCCUGAUGUUAUCAUUCGGUACAACGUGUCGAAGCUUCCUCUCCCUCUUUGCAUUGUUAUUCCGACAGGACUGAGAAGGAUGCCGCUUAUCAAGGAUGCCGUCCGCCUUGUGUUUGGCGGGCUGGAUGCCCAGAGCGAAAGUGUCACUUUCGUGGCUUAUGGCCAAUUAGCUCGCCCUAUAAUACCCUUGAAUAAGCUCGCCUUGAAACCGGACCACUCUCUUGUGUUUAAACGGAACAGUACCAGUUUUGCAAUGCGCUUAUCUACGCAUGCCGGUCAAUCGGUUAUUGUCGAACUCCUGGAACGCUUGCAGCGCCUUGAGUAUGCUCUAGCCAUUGUUGAGUCACUUCACCAAAGGAGAAUCCCCAUUUAUUCAUUUUCCUUAUCACGGAUAUCCUUUGGGUAUUCGACUCAGAAAGAUCUUCUUGCUCGCAUUCACAUACAGACAUAUGAGUCCUCGGGUGUGGCCCACGACCCGGUCAACCUCAAGUCAAGAACCGAACCGCUUUUCCGAACUAGUCUGGACAUUCACUUUGACCACCCGAACCCUCAUCGUCGCAUCCAGGAAUCACUAUCCUCCAUUCUGAACCAAGAUGCAGCGGGUGCAGGUUUCCAAACUGUCGUUGAACUCCUACCCAUCACCUUCCCUCUGCUCCAAGCCCUAGACUCCAUAACAUCAAUACGAGAUAGACUUAGAAUUCAUGUCACCGUACGAAACGCGAAGACAUAUGUGAUCAGUUAUCCACGAUAUAACUUCCGGUUUCUCUUGACGGCAAAACAGCAUUUCUCCCGCGUCCAUUGGAUCCUCAAAGAGAUGGAGAAGUCACGAAAUCGGUCAGAUCAAGAUCAACUAGUCUCUUGUCUCCAGGAACGGCUCUAUAGAGGAAGGGGAGAUGGAUGGAAAGGCCUUGGAAACGGGGCUAUCGUCGAUUAUGACAAGGCUGGAAACCUCCUCACGGCACUCGAUGCAUGUUUCCGAUCUAUGCCAGAACUUUCGGAUGUCAACGCCCCCUCCGGACAGGCUUCCAUGGGGUUCGGCGUGGCCACCAAACAGAAUGCCCCGGGCAUCCCCGACACUCCUGGAGGGCUAGGAAACCACGCGCCCAAAAGCAUCCAAGACACAAGCAUCAUUACAAUUGACUGA